AUGGCAUUCAACUCGCAAUGGUUCCAAAGUCACUCGUGGCUUCACUAUGAAAAGGCCCAGUCAGCCUCGGCGUUAAGCCAACAGGAUUUAAGUGUGAGCAGCCUUAAACAUUGCUGGGAUGCGCUCUAUCCGGAGAAAGGAAACAGUGGCUAUAUCACACUUGUCACCUCAUCCUUCCCAUCAGCAAAGGACCAGGAUGCCUUGCUUCAGGAGCUCCAUGGUGACCGAUACUUUGAUGUGUUCGAGUUUAACGCCCCUCGCAAGUACUGGGCCUGCUUCAUGUGUAACCACCCGGAGAAAAUGUCUGAGCUAAUGCCUGAUGGAAGUCCAGUCAUUGCUGGUCAGUUGAAGGAGAAGAAAGGGCGCUGGAAGUUUCUGAAGCGGUGGAAGACCCGAUACUUUACUCUCUCCGGCAGCCAGAUAACCUACAGCAAAAGUGAUUCGAGAAAAGAAACGUUACCAGUGCGAGAAAUACAGAGUGUGAAAGCUGUUCGCAAAGGCAUUCGUGAUAUUCCCUAAGGCGUUUGAAAUCUUCACAACAGACCAGAACUAUGUGUUUAAGGCAAAAGGCCAACAAAACAUUGAGCCCUGGGUACAGUGCAUCCAUCUAGCUGUGGCCAAGGCUCAGAAUGAUGGAGAGUGUACUGUUGUGGAAAACGUCACCAUACCAACCAUUCCAACCAGACCUCGAUCUGCUGUACGCGAUACAAAGUUAUAGCAUUUGUGACACAGUGCACACGCUGUGAUAGACAGUGAUAUUAAGAUCUUCAUAACUUUAGAUGUAGAAUUGCUGUAAUUAUAACAAAAUGUACAUAUCUGAAUGAAUAAAAAUGUUAGCAUUUUGACAAAGUGCAUAUACUGUGAUACAAAAAUUUGUAGUUUGUAACCAAGUACAAACAUUAUUGAUGAAAGAUGGUGGACCAUUUGUGUCCACUUUCCAUUUUUUGGUGUCUUAACUGCUGGUGGAUUUUGAUGGCUCAGCCUGUUUCUCUUUUGUUUUAUUGUAGUUUAUAUUUGUUGGUCUAUGUUUAUUCAUUUAAAUACAUUUAUGGAUAUAUUUAUGUGAAUGUUUUUGAAAGUGAAUUUUAUAAUGGUGAUAUGGCCAUGCAUUUAUUAAUGUUAAUAGGUAAGUCAGUAUUGUAUAUGUCCACAUUAAUGAACUGAUAAUUGCAUUUGAAAAAAACAUACAUGUACAAAACCUUUUUCCAAAAAAUGAUAAUUACUUCAAAGCUGUAUUUUCUUAUUUCAACAAAACGUGGCGCUUAUGGCGCAAAUGGAUUAUCAUAGUAAAAACCCAUUGUAAGUUAUUUUUAUGAAGACAAUUUAAAAUUAGUAUUAAUUGAUAAUUAUGCUGUAGAUUGGAAACAUUGUUACACAUUUAUCAGAAAAGUGGUGUUUACAUGUAUAUAUGUGUUUUGUUAAAGUAUACAUUAUUUGUUUUAUUCGUAUUCGUAUAUAUACACAAUUAUCAAAUGUGUACAUAAAAGCAUACAUUGAGGCAGUAAUAACAAUAUUGAUGUCAGAUUCAGUUUUGUUUAAUUUAUAAUAAACAAUAGGCAAAUGUUUUCACCAGAAAACCACAAUAUGUUGACAUUCAUGUCAUGUUAAGAAAUGAAAAUAUUGAAUAUUCAAGUGCAUAAUGUUACAAUAAAAUCAUCUCCAGCAUUGUAUUACACCUACUUUCAUGAAACAUCAUUGAAAUGUUGGUUAGCAUGGGAAGUUAUGCAUCUGUUAUUUUUAUGAAUUUUCACUUCGUUUAUUAGGAGUUAGUGCCCUUUAAUUAGUAAAACAGUGUAUGAAGUACAUAUCUUGUGUUGAAUUAAGCUUCAACAGUAUUGUACCUUCACUCAUAUUAAAGACUUCAUAGGAAUGUUGGUCAUCACUUUUCGCUCUGUCUAACAAAAGUUAGUGCCCUUUAAUUAGUAAAACAGUGUAUGAAGUACAUAUCUUGUGUAGAAUUAAGCUCCAACAGUAUUGUAUCUACACUGAUAAGACUUCUUUAGGAUUUUUGUCAUCACAGGCUGUUGCCUCCUCUGUCACAUUUCGCUCUGUCUAACAAGAGUUGUGGCCAAUGUCUUUGUUAAGAAUUACACAUAUUGUUAUUGCUCUCAUCGGAUUGUUAUUGAACAUUGGAGAUGGUACACCUGCCAUUAUUUUCAAAUUUCACUCAUUAUUUCAACAACUUGGGGGGGCGGUUUUCACUGUGGUAGCUCUUGUGUCCAAUCGUUAUCUAAAAUACUUGGUUUUAAAAUAAAAUUUGGUAGGAAAUUGUCAUGUAUGCUUAAGCAAACAUCUGCUAACAUUUCGAUGUUUUUUUUCUGGUUUACAUGUGUAGUAAAUAAUUAUUCUAAGAACUACAUAUAUGCAAACUGUCAAAGCAUUAAGUGUUGUUUCUAUUGAAAACAACACCAUUUGCCUAUGUUUUCAUAUUUACAGUGUAAAAUGUCAAUUGCUGUAUUUUUUAGUAGAACAUGGGCUGUAUUGCAGAAACCUCUUAAGUUGUUUUUAAGCUACAUGUAACUAAAAUUUGAAAUUCUAAAUUGUUAUAUUUCUUUCAAAACCUAACACUUUCAAAGUUUUAUUUUUAAUUUUAAAGCGUCAGUUUCCAUCAAUUAUUGCCAAAAUAUACAUUAAGCAUAUAAGCAUGUGCCACAUAACAAGUAAGGAAAUUCUUGACUGUAAGGAAAAGGCCCAUUCUUAAAUUAAAAUGCCUCUGUAAUAGGGCUCCUGUAUGGGUCUUUGGUGUUGAUGUGGCCAUUUUUUCUGUUGCAAUACCUUUUCAAAUAGAGAUGCAAUAUAUAACGUUUGUAGAAGUAGUAUUAAAAUGAAUCAAAAUUGUUUUGAUAUCAGAAGCAUUUGAAAACACUGCAGCCGUAUUUUAUACACCAUACUAACACUAUGAGACUUUUUGAGACUGAUUUUCAACUAUUACCCUAGAUAAACAACUGUGACAAAACAUGCCUUUAUCGUUUUUCUAAUUUUUAUACUAACUAUACUGGUAAUGGAAAUAUUUAUUUUGGUAUUAUUAUCUGUCAUCAAUGUCGACAAAUUUUCUUGACAUAAUAAUUGUGAUGACAUGUUUUCAUAAUAAAAAUUAGCAUAUUAAAAACUCAUGUUGGAAUUUAUUGGU